CAACGGAGAUCGCCGGCGCGUGCGCACAGGGCGCCCUCUCCAAGCCCCGCCUCCGUCUCGCGCGGCGGAGGUGGCGCAGCGGCGGGCGCCAUGGCGGAGGCGGCGGGCGGGUCGCGGCCGGAGGACUGCCCGGGGACCAGCAGCGCCGAGGCGGGCAGGGCCGCCGCCUGCCAGGGAUGCCCCAACCAGAGGCUCUGCGCCGCCGGCGCCGCCGCACCGGAUCCGGCGGAGGCGGCGGAACUGCGGGAGCGGCUGCGCUCGGUGAAGCAUACGAUCCUGGUGCUCUCCGGGAAGGGCGGCGUGGGGAAAAGCACCUUCAGCGCCCUCCUGGCCCACGGGCUGGCGGCCGACGAGACCAAGCAGGUUGCUCUGCUGGACAUAGAUAUCUGUGGGCCAUCAAUCCCAAAAAUGAUGGGUCUCGAAGGAGAACAGGUUCAUCAGAGUGGAUCUGGAUGGUCUCCAGUGUAUGUUGAAGAAAACUUAGGUGUUAUGUCCGUGGGGUUCUUGCUUAGUAGUCCUGAUGAUGCUGUCAUCUGGAGAGGACCAAAAAAAAAUGGGUUGAUCAAGCAAUUUCUUCGUGACGUGGACUGGGGUGAAAUUGACUACCUGAUUGUAGAUACCCCUCCAGGAACAUCAGAUGAACACUUAUCUAUUGUGCAGUAUCUUGGUGCAAUGCACAUAGAUGGUGCUGUUAUAAUCACUACCCCUCAGGAAGUGUCGCUUCAGGAUGUUCGGAAGGAGAUCAACUUCUGCCGUAAAGUGAAACUGCCAGUCAUAGGCGUUGUGGAAAAUAUGAGUGGCUUUAUAUGUCCAAAGUGUAAGAAUGAAUCUCAGAUCUUUCCCCCGACUACUGGAGGUGCAGAGAAGAUGUGCCAAAACUUAAAUGUUUCCCUCCUGGGUAAAGUGCCUCUAGAUCCUCAAAUAGGAAAAAGUUGUGACAAAGGCCAGUCUUUCUUGUCUGAAGCACCUGAGUCUCCAGCUACGUCAUCUUAUAGGAAUAUUAUUCAAAUCCUUAAUUUUCAGAAAAGACAUGCGUGUACUUGCUCUCACAGAAGAUUUCUAAGAUUCUCGAGCAGGCCUGCUGAGGGGUGAUACAGCUGGCUAAUUACUGCCUCCACUUCUAAUUGUAAUUGCACCAGAAAACCUUACGGAAACUACCUAAAGAGGCAGUGAUGUGCAGUUUAAAACUACAAACAGCUGGGAAAUUCCUAAAGCCAUUUUCACGGUGGUAAUGGCCCAACUUGUGAUAUUUGUACCAAUAGGGGACAGAGCGAUGCAGCAAUAACUAACUCCUGAUGUGCAACUGAAGUAUAUUACUUUUUUCCCCUGU